AUGGUGGUCCAGGCCAAAGAUGAAGCCUACCUCGAGGCUGUCAUUCCCAAACGCAUUGAACUCUUUGAGUCCAUCCAGGCAGAACAACGUGCUGCUCGACAGUCUCUCCCCUCUUCUGAUCCUAUCAGGAUUACAUUGCCGGACGGGAAGGUGAAGGAGGGCAAGAAGUGGAUAACUUCCCCAUUUGAAAUUGCAAGUGAGAUUUCAAAGAGUUUGGCUUCCAACGCUUUGAUUUCUGAGGUCAAUGGGGUUCUAUGGGACAUGAACAGGCCUUUGGAGGGCGAUGCUGAGCUGAGGCUCUUCACAUUGGACUCAUUCGACAACAAUGAGGAUGUACGCCACACUUUCUGGCAUUCUAGCUCCCACAUUCUUGGACAGGCACUUGAGGUCGAGUACGGAUGCAAACUCUGCAUCGGUCCGUGUGCCAGAAUUGAAACAAGACACGAUAUGUGUGCCACUAGCAAAGAGGGUUUCUACUAUGAUGCAUUUUAUGGAGAUUUUGGCUUGAAUGAUGAGCACUUUAAGCAAAUUGAAUCAUGGACAGAGAAGGCUGUUAAGGGGAAACAACCUUUUGAACGCAUUGAAGUAUCAAGGGAACAAGCCCUUGAGAUGUUUUGUGAUAAUAAAUUCAAGGUUGAAAUCAUCAAUGGCCUUCCAGCGGACAAAACUAUAACUGUAUAUAGAUGUGGCCCUUUGGUUGACUUGUGUCGUGGACCCCACAUACCAAAUACAUCAUUUGUCAAAGCAUUUAAAUGUUUGAAGGCUUCUGCAGCCUACUGGAGGGGUAACAAAGAUCGUGAAAGUUUGCAGAGAGUUUAUGGAAUAUCUUAUCCUGAUAAAAAACGUUUGCAGGAACAUAUCCAUAAGCUAGAAGAAGCAAAAAAAUAUGACCACAGAGUGCUGGGUAAAAAUCAGGAACUUUUCUUUUUCGACCCAGUUAGCCCAGGAAGCUGCUUCUUCCUCCCUAAAGGGGCUCGGAUUUAUAAUAAAUUAAUGGAGUUCAUAAAACAUCAGUAUAGAGAUAGGGGAUACGAAGAGGUUAUAUCACCAAACUUGUACAACAUGAAACUCUGGGAAACAUCUGGUCAUGCUGAAAAAUACAAAGACAAUAUGUUUUCGGUGGAGAUUGAGAAACAGGACUUCGGAUUGAAACCAAUGAACUGCCCAGGGCACUGUGUAAUGUUUCAGCAUAGGAACCGUUCUUAUAAAGAACUACCUCUACGAAUGGCUGAUUUUGGGGUGUUACAUCGGAAUGAGGCCAGUGGCGCACUCACUGGAUUAACACGUGUCAGGAGAUUCCAGCAGGAUGACGCUCAUAUCUUCUGCAGGGAGUCCCAAGUAAAAGAUGAAGUGAGGGGUGUCUUAGAGUUUAUUGAGUAUACCUAUAAUAUAUUUGGAUUCACUUUUAAGCUGAAGCUUUCAACAAUGCCAGAAAGCCACAUGGGAGACUUGGCAACAUGGAAGAAGGCUGAGGCUGCUCUUAAAGAAGCUUUAAUUGAGUUCGGCAAGCCCUGGGAGGUGAAUGAAGGGGAUGGUGCAUUUUAUGGACCGAAGAUAGAUAUCACUGUAUCUGAUGCAUUGAGCAGAGAUCAUCAGUUGGCAACAUUACAGCUUGAUUUUCAACUUCCCGACCGCUUUAAGCUGUAUUACUCAGCAGAGGGUGAAGACGGCAAGAUGGAGAGGCCUGUUAUGAUACACAGAGCUGUAUUAGGUUCUGUUGAGCGUAUGCUUGCUGUACUGUUGGAACACUACAAAGGGAAAUGGCCCUUCUGGCUUAGUCCACGUCAGGCAAUUGUUUGCCCUGUGUCGCACACAGCCCUGCCUUAUGCUCUGCAGGUACGGGAUCAGAUCCAUCAGGCUGGUUAUUAUGUCGAUGUUGACACAAGUGAUAAAACAAUUCAGAAAAAGGUACGACAAGCUCAGAUCGCACAGUACAACUACAUUUUAGUUGUGGGUGGGGAGGAAGUUCAAAAUGGACAGGUUAGCGUAAGGGUUAGAGAUAAGGGUGAUGUGACAGUAAUGAGCAUGGAGAGCCUACUACAACACUUCAAGGACCAAGUUGAAGCUUUCCAUUAG